AUGUUCUUUAAACGCGCGGACGAAGAGGAUUUGCAGCCCAGGGGCAAUGAAGACUCCUUCCAGCUGCAGCAGAUGCUUACAUCCUGCUUGAUCAAUCGCCAGAUCUUGGGCUGUAUUGGUGGCGUCUUGAUUGGCAUUCCCAUCAGCAUCCAGCGGAAAUCUUACGCGCCGUUUGCGGUCUUGGGCGUUCUCGGUUCGUUCGUGGACUACUCGAUCCCGUAUACAACGGACUGUCGCAUGAUCCACAACGCCAUGAAGUUGGCACUGCAGCAAGAGAGGCAGCGAGAUGCGGGACAGCAGUCGGCGGACAGUCCCUCCUCAGUCUGA